CCAUUAAAAUUAGUACCUUUGGCAUACUUAUUGUAGAGCAAUACUCUCUCUCAAAAAUUCUUUGACGUUCGAAGACUAGGUUUACAAGGUAAACUAGGUGCAAGGUAGGCCCUAUGUGUAAUUGUUGCUGCGCUCGCCAGAACGGUAGCACCGUGAAACAUAUAAAAAGUAUAUCUGAUUUUCCGUUUUUCUUUAUAUUUUUUUAUAUUGUCUGUUCGUUCGCUCUAAAACGCGUUCGCCCUUGACGCCGUUCGCUCUAGUUUUCGUGACACCCUUUGGGAGGGGGGGGGGUCUUUUUUGAGUGACGUCACAUCCUAUUUUUGGAGCACAAAAUCGAAAGUAAAAAUUAUGGCCACAGUUUCGCAUUUUUAUUAUAUGUACCUGAUACAGUAAACACAUGCUAAAGUGUCAUAUAUGUGGAUGAAAUGGCCGUAAAAAGCUCCUUUAAUCACACGAAAUGAAUGCAAUUAAUACUCUUACAAUUGAUAUCCCUGAAUUAACAGAGUCUCCCCUUUUUCCACCUCUCAUGCGAAACUGCCCCUGCCACUUAUGGUGAAACAUGGCGGACUCUGGAAGAAAUAACAAGAGCACAGAUAGAGAGAUGACACCCGAGGAUUGUAGCCCAGAUACAUCCUCUUGCGUAUCUCCUCAGAAAAAAAGAAACCAUUCGGACACUGAAACAGACAUAACUUCAGAGACAGAUAGUCCAGAUUCCGAUAGACAAUGUAAACGGGUUCAUUACGACCAAUCGGAAAGUUCUUUGUCGCGGACAGAUUCAGAAAGUCCAGUGUUUCUUAAAAAUAUCCCAAAGUACACGUCUAAAUGGACCGAAGAAGUUCUACCGUGUUUAAGAAUUCAAGUUGCCCAAGAUUUCCCUGAUAUGCACAAUGUAUUUCUUCAAGGUUGUCUACAUUUUAUAGCUGACCCAACGAAAUGUGCGGAAAUCAUGGAUCUAUUUGUAUCAAAGAACGACAAUGAACAAAUGGUGAUUGAGUGUUUUAGGCAUGUAAUGCAGAAUGUUUUCACUUUGCAUUGUGAUGAUAUCUCAAAUGUCAAAUUGGAUGAGCUUGGAAAAAUGGAAAACAUGUUGACAAGUCGUGAAUGGAUUGAUAAUUUUGCAGAAAGAUCUCAAAACAAGAAAUUUUGCAGAAGAGUUUUUAAGGAUCUUGCAAAGAAACUUCAGCAGUUUGUGUGGCAGCUGAUGCACAUGGUGAGGAAAUCACAGAAUCAAGGGAAAGAAAUAAGUGAAGGAAUGUACCAAGAAUUGUUUGUGCUCUUUGCCAAAACAUUCAAUCUUAAUAUCUUAUCUGGAUCUAAUGUUGAAAAAUACUCUUUGGAUAUUGGGGAUGAUGGUAGAUUUGUUGCUGUACCAGAUGCUGUGAUCUGCCAUCCAACUACAGAAGAGGACAACUUAUGUGCUGUAGUAGAAGUUAAGAAAUAUUGGUCAGAUGAAGAAACUUCAAACCAAACUGUACGCAGCCUAAGAAAAUGUGAAAGAAAAAUUUCUAAUCCACUUCAUGUUGGAUCAGAUUUACAAGGUCAGCAUGUUGGACAGAUUCUUUGUGCUCUACCUUACUCAUUGUUUGGAGAGAGGGGAAAUUUUGGAAUUCUGGUUCAAGGAACAAAAGUUACAAUUUCAUCAUUCAAAGCAGACAAUUCAUACUACAAAAACCUACAAAAUGGAUUUCUAAUGAAAAAAGGAGCAACAAUAACAUUCAGCAAAGAAUGCAACAUACUUCGAAAGGAAGGGAGAAUUGAGUGUAUUCAAACAUUUCUUCAUUUAAAGAAACUAUUGGAGUUUUUAAGUAAAAAAUCUUUUCCAUGAUUUAUUUUCUAAGCUUUAUAUGUUUCACUUGAGUAUUAUUGACGUGGUGUUUGUUAACUUUUACUUUUCAAGCGAAGCAUUUCUUGAAUUACCUUGAUUAUAGAAUCAAGUGAGCCAUAACUCUGUUGUUGUCAUUGUAUAUAUUAUUCUUUAUCAGAAAUGAUAUUGGUGUGCAGUUUUUACAGAAAUGGCUCAGCCUGUAACUAUUUUCUUUAAAUUAUCUACUGUAUAACUAUUAAAGUGGUCACAUGAUGUUUAUUAAUGUUUAGCUCACCUGAGCCUAAGGCAAAUAUGGCCAGAAAAGAUUGAACUUCUGUGGGGUAUCCUGAGGUAUUGUGGAUUCAAGAUAGUUCAAAUCAUGUGAGGAUGGGGCUAAAAAUGGGGGAUUAACUUU